AUGCUCCGCGCAACAUUUCACAGACAUCCACGAACAUGUACCAGGCUCGUCCUCCGCCGCUCCUUGUCUAAGCUUUCGAGCACGAUCCGCACCGAGCCUCCCGGGCAGCCGUUUGACAUCCUGUUCUUCGGACGCGACGAGUUCUCCUGUAUGCUACUGCAGCAGCUUUACGAUGCGUGCGACGUAUGGCAGAAGAUUCACAUCGCCACGCAGCCUGACAUGAGGGCGGCCAGGCCCGACUCCGAUGUCCUGCCUGUUUCACCGCUGAAGACUCUCGGGAAAAAGCUUCGCCUCCCAGUGCACGAACUCCCGUCCGACGAACCCUCGUUCGAACGCUGGCAGGUCCCGUCAGUCUUCUCUCCUGCCCGACCGCGGCCUCUGACCAACCGUACACCACUACAGCCCCCUCCUCCAUUCCGGACGCGUCCGCCGCCGCCGCCAACGCGUCUCCUCGUCACAGCCGCCUUCGGCCCCAUCCUCCCGACAGGCCUCCUGCGCAAGUUCGCCCCGGGCAGGCGGCUCAACGUCCACCCGUCGCUGCUGCCGAUGUACCGCGGCCCCGCACCUAUACAGCAUGCGCUGCUCGACGGACAGACGGAGACCGGCGUGUGCGUGAUCGAGAUGGCGGAGGCGGAGGAGGAGGGCGCCGUCGGCUCCGGGGACGUGUGGGGGCGCGCGAGAGUGCCUGUACCUAGAGGAACGGACUUUCGGACGCUGCAGAGUACUCUCGCGGCUCAAGGCGGCGAGCUGCUGGUCAGUGUGCUGCGGAACAUGAUCAACGGGACGGCCGAAGCACGACACCAGCUGGACGACUUCAACACGCGUCGUGCCCCUGCGAUCACACCCAGGGACGCCCUCGUCCGUUUCUCGACGAUGACCGCCCAAGACGUCGUGCGCAGACACAGGGCCAUCUCCCACCAGGCAGGUCCCGCGCCUGCACGUCACGCGCCCAGCAGACUGACGCGCAGGACGGUGCGGCUGCACGCGCCGGCGGCGUACGAGCCCCCGCCGCGCUCGCUGCUGCAUCGGCUGUCGGACCCAGGGAUGGCGUGGUACGACCCGCUGACGGACAUGCUCGCGAUUCGCUGCGCGGCGGACACGCUGCUCGUUGUCCCGGAGCUGAAGACGCAGGAGGACCUGUCACCGGUCCCUGCGAAGGCGUGGUGGAACAGUGUCCGGCAUGAGAUAACUGUAAGAGGGGGCGACGGCCAGGCGGUGCUUCGCCUGUUAUCAUAG